GGCCUUGGUCCAAUGAGGGAGGCACAUUUCCCCGGCCGGCAGUAUAAAAAGGGGCUGCGGAAUGAAAAGCAGGCAGAGCGCAUUUGGGAAGGAGCGCCUUCGGAGGAGGUCCAGCUGAGCCAAGCCCAGGUUUUAUCACCAUGGCUCUCCAGGCUGACUUUGACAGUGCAGCAGAAAAAGUUAAAAAAUUAAAGACCAAGCCUACUGAUGAUGAACUAGGAGAACUGUAUGGAUUCUAUAAACAGGCUACUGUGGGAGAUAUUAAUAUUGAGUCUCCUGGAAUGUUAGACCUGAAAGGCAAAGCCAAAUGGGAAGCAUGGAACCGUAAGAAAGGUGUGUCCAAGGAAGAAGCCAUGAAGGCUUAUAUCUCGAAGGCAAAUGGGAUGAUCGAGAAAUACGGAAUAUAGACGUCCCUCAAGCAUGUUCACUCUGACUAGUUCAAAGACCUAGGGCAUUACUAACCUCCAGUUGGACCUGAAACUUUUAUCAAUCAUAGGUUCUUUAACUGGACAUUUUACCAUUCUGGCUGCAUUUGUUCACAAUAAACUUUUACUUGACAACGA